AUGGUUCGCUACAAGCUUCUCUUCGCCGCAGCAGCUCUCCUUGACCAAGCUGCAGCAAUCAAUCCGAAAUGCAGUUCAUACGUAGGCCUUAAUAAGCUUAUUGCUACUGUCGCCGCAAGGGUGUCGCCUUAUCCUGUGGCCCAAUCGUACUGUUCGAAGAACUAUCCUAUCCCGACCUCUACGUCCACCUCGACAGCGUCCGCGCAGACUUUGACGACGACAGUCGCUACAACCACACUGAGCACCACCGUCGCUACAUCAACAACGACAUCGACAUUCACAGACACUUCUACGACUGUGCAGACGGUCACCGUUACAGCUGGCGCCGGAUCCAAGAAGAAACUAAAGCGGGAACCAGCUGCUGUGACUUCGCCCAUCCCUACAACAACUCGAGCUAGCACUCUUACAACAGUCGCUGUUCAAGCUACAUCUGCAGCUCUAGUUGCUGCUGCCGCCGCCGCUCAGGCAUCGCCAAGCCAGCACUCCAAUCUCAGUUGUCACCACUACACCAACAUCGACGAGCAGUGUCACUGCCACAUCGACUUCGAGUAUUACCGCGACAAGCACAGCGUCCACUACCGUCACUACAACCACUACAUCUACGUCUACGACUACAGUGGCAGCACCGCAAGCCACCUGCGCAAAUCAAAAGCGAUGCUACUCUGGCUACGUGAUUGAGAAUUACUGCAACACCCGUCUGAGCGGAAGCUAUGGUCC